UGUUUGUUCUUUUGUAAACCAGAAGUGUGAAUGAGGUCUUCCUGCUGAGCAGCAGAGCUUCCUGGUUCAGUGUCAGACAUGGCUCUCAAGGUUCACCUCGCGCUCUGUUUGUUCCUCAGCCUCACUGUGCCAGCCUCUGAAGCUGAGACUGUGUUUGUGAAGACGGGAGAAGAUCUACGUCUGGCUGGUCCUGGACCUGUGGACCUGAGCAAGUUGGAACUGUUUUUCUGGCGAUACAACAGAUCAACCAGAAUUGUGAGAUUAUCUGCAGGAGGAGAACCUGUGAUAUUUCCUGCUUAUGAAGGCAGAGCUGAGUUUGUUAAAGAAACUCAUUCAUUAUUGGUGAGGAGGGUGAACCAUGGUGACAGUGGUGACUACACAGCUGUGAUAGCUGAAAGUGAAGAGAGAGUCGUAGCAAGAUACAGAGUCCAAGUCCUGGAUCCAGUGAGUCCAGUUCAGCUGAAGGUGGUUAGCUUCUCUUUGAGUGAGGACACUUAUGUCCUCAAUGUGACUUGGGGUCCCAUCACUAGCUCCUUCACCUGCUAUUGUAAAACCUUCAGACUGGAUGGAGGUCAGCAGGAGGUCUACCUUUCUGGAUCCACUUACCGAAUCUACCAUCAGAACAGCAACAUCAUCUGUAACCAUAGCAACCAGGUCAGCUGGACCAAUGACACGAUGCAAAUCCUGGAUUUCUGCAGUGCAACAGCGGCUGCUCCCAUCAGGUGGACAGUCGUGUUGCUGUGGCUCCAGCUCCUCUUCGUGUUUGUCGGUGUUUGUUUGGUGACGGGAGUCUCCUGCAGGGGGCGCCGACUCAAGACUGCAGCUGGACUUUCACCAGACUCCACACCAGACCAGACACAGCCACCUCCUGCAGAAGAGACGGUGUACGAACUGGACGACUGACCCGCAGCUGUCGUCAUGGAGAUCCCACAGGCAAAAUCCUAAUUCACUCACAUAGAAUACACCAAUGACGUUUCUGUUGCUACGUCGGCUGUUGCCUUCCAGAGCCGGUUAGAAGCCUGGCCGCUGAACUCUGACCCAGAUGGAGGUGUGAUAGACACUUCCCGCCGAUGACAGUGUUUGAAGCGUGACGGUGAUCAUCUACUGGUGAAGAACUAGCUUGGGCUCUGGUGACUAUCUUCGGUGUUAUGGUUCUUCUCAUGGCAAAGAACAUCUGGUCCAUAUAUUCAUUGACUAACUUUCAUUUCCUUCUGACCACUCACUUCUUUGUGGGUGUCGCUUUAAAAACAAC